AUGCAAUCAAGUAUGAAGCCUACGCUAUUGUUCGUCGCUCAUCCCGAUCACAGAUCUCGUAUCCUAGAUUCCCAAGAGCUGCGCAAUAGAUUCGAGUUUCUGCACCACGAUGUGACCACCAAAGAUGAAUUUUUUAAGUUUCUAAGACAACAUACAGACAAGAACAUCACAGCGAUUUAUGGUGGAUAUCCUGCAUUCCACCCUAUUGGUGGACUCACACGCGAUGUCAUUGAACAUGAAUCGUUUCCCAGGAAGAGUUUGCGAUGUAUCGCAUUGUGUUCAAGAGGUUAUAACGGCUUUGACUUGGAAGCAUUGCGCGAAAACGAAAUCAAAUUGUUCAACUUCCAAGAUCAGGUAUGCGAAACACCUCAGGAGAAGGACCAAGGCGGCAAUGAUGUUGGAGAUUGUGUCCUAUGGCAUGUCCUAGAGGGUUUCAGGAAAUUUUCAUACCAACAACUGAUUGCUCGAAAGGAUGGUGACACUUUUGCAGCCAGAAAUCAUGCGGCAGACAGAGAUGAUGGAGCUUGGGAAUUUGGUCACAGAUUGAGUAAUGAUGGUUCUUUCCUGGUUCAAUCCCCACGUAACAGGAAGUGUUUGAUUCUGGGAUUUGGAAGCGUCGGUAAGCAAAUAGCAUUGAAGUUACAUCAUGGGCUUGGAAUGGAGGUCCAUUACUGCAGGAGAAGUGAACCACAAAAAGAAAAUGAGCAUGGCUGGACAUUCCAUAGACUUGAUGAUAGUUUGAAGAGUCAGUUGCACCAGUUUAGUGUGAUUAUAGUUGCUUUGCCAGGAACUCAGGAAACUCAACACCUCAUCGACAAGGAAUUUUUGUCCCAUUGCGAUGGUCCAAACUUGAUUCUGGUCAACGUCGGCCGUGGAUCAAUUCUCAAUUUGGACGAUGUCAAAGAUGCAUUGCAAAAAGGCCAGUUGAGACAUCUUGGUGCCGAUGUGUUCUACAGAGAGCCCAAAAUUGACCAGGCGUUGUUGUCAGAGCACAAGAUGACCAGUAUCACUCCGCAUCUUGGUAGUAGUACAGAAACAGUCUUUUAUCAAAGUUGCGAACUUGCAUUGCGCAACAUCCUCGAAGCUACUGAUCCAUUAUCGCAUGUUCUAUCACCAGUUUGUAAGGCAUCGAGGAUUGUCUGA